AUGGCCAACCUAGAGCUUUUGAGAAAUCAAGGUGUCCCUCAAAAUAGAAUAACUACCUAUCUAAUCCAACAACCAAGAGCUUAUGCGCAAGAUGCCGAUAGAUUUAAAGAGAUUGUAGACAAGGUUACAGAAAUGGGUUUUGAUCCUUCCAAAAUUACAUUUCUUAAAGCUAUACAUGGAUUGUCAUCAAUGAGCGAAGCCAGUUGGAGGAAAAAAAUGGAUAUUUACAAGAGAUGGGGUUGGUCUGAGGUUCAAAUUCAAACAGCAUUUAGGAAAGAUCCUAAUUGUAUGACGGUCUCGGAGAAGAAGAUUAUGGCAGUUAUGAAUUUCCUUGUGAAUGAAAUGGGACACGAGUCACUGAGUGUUGCCGAAAACCCAAGAGUGUUUACUUGUAGUUUGAAGGAGAGGAUUAUCCCAAGGCGUUCAAUUAUCAGGAUUCUACUUUCAAGACUGAUUGAAGAAAGCAUUUCUCUAGGUGUACUUUCAAGAAUGUAG